GUAUAAAACGGAUGGGGCACCUCGCGGAGAAAAUAUUGUGUCUUGUGAAACGAUAACGCGAACUAUGGAGUUUUGGGCUGGAAAAGUGGCGAUUGUGACCGGUGCUAGCGCUGGAAUCGGAACAGCAACCUCUAAAGCGCUCGUAGGUCAUGGCGUUAAGGUGGUUGGUCUAGCGAGGAGGAUGGACAAGCUUCAGGAGCUGGCUCAAGAGCUGGGCAAGGAUAAGUUCUAUCCGUUGCAAUGCGAUGUCAGGAAAGAGGAGGACAUCAUAAAGGUGUUCAAGUGGAUCGAGAAGACUUUCGGCGGAGCUAGCAUUCUGGUGAACAAUGCUGGAGUCAUCUCUCUGUCGUCCGUUACAGGUAAAAAAACGGCCACCGAAGAAUAUCGUAAAGUAGUGGAAACUAAUCUGAUAGCUCCAGCGAUUUUUGCACGGGAAUUUUCGCAAUCGAUUAAAAAACGCAAUGUGCCCGGGCAUAUAGUUAACAUUAACAGCAUAUUGGGACACUAUGCAGAUACGUUCACCAUUCCAAUCGGCCUGUACGCUCCCAGUAAAUACGGUCUUACCGCUUUGGGUACGGGACUACGUCAUGAAUUCAUCAUUUCUAAAUUGAAAAUAAAAGUUACGAGCGUCAGUCCUGGAUUUGUGAUGACAGAAAUGGUUGGGCCCGUACCUAAGCAUGUUCUUGAUAAUAUGCCGAUACUGCAAGAUAAAGACAUCGCCAAUGCAGUGAUUUAUGCAUUAGGAACACCGCAAGGUGUAGAGAUCGUCGAAGUCACAGUCAUGGCACAGAAUGAGAUCAUUGGCGUUCCAGCAGCAAUGAAACGACAAUACAUCGGCUCGAAGCAUCUAUCUUUUAUGGAUCGUUGGGUUGGAAAGGUAGCGAUCGUGACCGGUGCCAGCGUUGGGAUCGGUGCAGCGAUCGCUAAAUCCCUGGUGGAUCAUGGUGUGAAAGUGGUAGGUCUGUCGAGGAGGCUGGACAAACUCCAGGAGCUGGCCAAGGAACUCGACAAAGACAUGUUCUACCCGAUCGAGUGCGAUCUCAGAAAAGAGGAGCACAUCGUGAAUGCCUUCGAGUGGAUCCAGACGAAAUUUGGCGGCGCUGACGCUCUUAUCAACAAUGCUGGGGUCGCUGAUCAAUCGAUGAUCAUCGAAUCACCGACGGAAGAAUACCGUAAGGUACUGGACACUAAUGUAAUAGCCCCAGCAAUUUGUGUACGCGAAUUCACGCAAUCUAUCAAACAAAGAAAAGUGUUUGGGCAUAUAAUAAACAUCAACAGUAUGGCUGGGCACUUUCCAGAGAGUAUACAUCUUCCAAUUGGUAUGUACGGUGCCAGUAAGAGUGCUCUGAAUGCCUUAAGUACAGAAAUCCGCCAUGAAAUUCUACAAGCUCAGCUGAACAUCAAAGUCACGAGCAUCAGUCCAGGAGCAGUGAUGACAGAUAUGUUGAGAGGAGUCGUCAAACUUCAAUCGAUCAUCGAUAAAAUACCAACGUUAAAAGACAAGGACAUUGCUGAUGCUGUGAUUUAUGCAUUACAAACUCCGCAAGGUGUUGAGGUCUAUGACAUCUUCCUCAUGCCCCAAAAUUCAGCACUUGGCUCUUCAGGAAGGCACCUGCAACCAAUGGAGAAAAAGGACACGUCGCUAAAUUAAGCUACAGAGAGUAAAAUUGUUGUCACAAUUAUUUUUUGGAAUUAUUAAAUUAGAGGCUAGAAUGCAUCGUACUCGACUGUAUUCGUAAAAUGCUAUUAAAACUACUACUUAUGAGCUUGCUAGUUUCAUCAUACAACGCGAUAUACACGCUGACACUAUCGAUAAUAUAUGUAAGAGUACAUGAUAAACACAACUAGGAGGUAUACGCGUUUUGCGAAAUGAAUAUUGGUAUUAUUAUAUUAACUAAUAGAAUAUAUUCCACAUACGUUAUGUA